AUGCGUGCCACUGUACUCUUAUCCCUCCUCCUGGCAUCCCUCUACGAGGUCUCUGCUGUCGAGAACACCAGCCCCUUCCUCGCAUGGUCACCACAAGAGUUUUCUUCCAGAAGCCUUGACACCCAAGUGAUUUCAGUCCAGGAUCUGCAUGAGGGACUGAAUGAUCUCGCCGACUGCUCUCACAGAGCCAUUUUGAUUAUCGACGAGCCAGAGCUUCGCGCUACUGAUUUGGGACGUGGUGGACGUAACAAGCUGAAGAACCAGGUCCAGGGCGCUGAGAGCUCGCUCCAGAUUCCCUUUGUCAACGGAGCUGUCGAUCUGGAGACCUUGGCAGAGCGUCUCUCUCAGAAGUGCAACGCUGUUCUGGUGAACGGCAACGUCGACUCUGAUGCCCUGAGCUCUGUCGAGGGUCCUUCAGUUAUCUACAAGAAGCUUGCAACUGGAUCCGUCGAUGAAAAGGAUGAGGCUGUCGAGGAGAUUAUUGCUCAGAUUCACAAGAAGUACCAGGAUGACUACUUGGUUCUGUACUCGUCCAGCCAGAUCAAGGAAUUGCCUACACACCACUUCAGCCCCAGACAGUUGCCAGAUGAGCCAACACCCACUACCAAGCCCUCAGGACUCUUCCAUCACUACACAUUCUUCUCCCAGGGCAUCUUUAUGGGCUUGUUGAUCUCUGUCAUCGUUGUCCCCAUUGCCAUGAUGGGUAUCUUCUGGAACUUGAGCGUCCAACAGCCACAGCGUUUUGAGAAGAAGCAGAACUAA